CAAGCAGUGCGAAUCUCAGAUCGUCGCAUUCAUGCACUCAUAGUGACUUUUAAUUAUCGCUCUUUUCCACCUCACUCGCUGGAAAGUAUGUCAAACAUUGCCAGACCGGAAUAUGAUGUUCAGUUCAUACAGCACUGCCCGACUGUGUACUGCCUGGAGUCUGAAGGACACCCGAAUGAGCGAAUCGACCUGUAUGAUUACCCUGCACGUGACGAGCACGCGAGACGUGUGCACCGAUCUCCGAGUGGCGAGCGAGUGUUAGAGCCCUCAUCCACCCUCCCAUGUUCUCGCGGAAUUUAGUCUACUUCUGCUCAACGGCGCCGCUGCGAAAUCCAGUAGUAACACCGCCGCGAGCAGGCCCUGCGGCUUUGUGGCGGGCAUACGCUUCCGUGACCAUCUCCGAUCCGCCCAGGACGCCCAACAGCGCGUCGACAUUGUCCGCCGCGCACCCGAGGGACCCACGCAACCCUGAUGGCUCGAGCUCGAGUUCGACCUCAAGCCCAGGUGCUGGGCCCAGUAAUGCACCAGAGCUGGUUCAGCCUGCCGCAAAGUCGUCGUCGUCACCCCCGCCGCCGAACUCGGACCCGCUGCCUCCGGUGAACGAACCAGAUGCGAACGCGAGUGAACAUGGAAUCGUUCCGGCUCCUCCGCCAUCCUUUGCAUCCUCGCCGCCGUGCACCGAUUUACCAGCUCCUCACUUUCCUAGCAACGCGCACACACCGACUCCGUACAGCAAUCCGCCAUUCCAUACGCAUAAAUUUGUCGAAAGUCUGGAGGUUAUGUUCCCUACCGUUAUCGCGCAGAACCUUAUGUGCGCGACACGCGCAUUACUGGUCGAUCGAUUGGGACGGGUCAGAAGGGAUGCAGUGACUGCGAAGGAUCUCUUCAAGGCUGCACUCUCAGAGCUGCGGACGGAGACAACAAUGUUGACCCGCAAUGACACUGCUGCAAUACGCACAGCGACAGGCGCGUUACGGAGAGAGGUAGACGUAUUGGACGUACGGAUGAAGGAAGACAUUGGCACUCUCAAGCAUGAGUACGUCUUCCUACCUUGACGCAUUCCCUGGUGCAACUAUUCAGCCAUCCUUGACCGUAGUAUCCAGCUGGACGUGGAUACAAGGAAGAACGAGGCUAAGAAUGACUUGAAGCGCUUCGACAUUCAGGUAGAGGUACGCAAUUACAUCGCAUAUGUCAUUGCUACUCCCACUCAGCUGGGUCACGUCUGCAGGAGAUGCUCAAUAAGUCUCUCGUCACGUUGUACGACCUCCGCUCGGAAAUGGAGGGUGUCAGGUGGAACAAUAUGCGCAAUUCAGUCG